UAUCGCAGCGGGACGUGGAGCUGUCGGUCGUCUGCGGUGCUCAGCAGCGGGGCCUAUAUUUAACAUUUGAAUGAUCUCGCUCCGCUGAAGAAAGCGUCUUCUUGUUUUUUCCGAGUGGAGAGCCGCCGCCGCUGCAAGCAAACCAGGAAUAUGGACUUACACAUACUGGACCACAGGCUGCGGGUCACCAGCAUUUCCAAGAACGGGCUGGUGAAUUUCACACACCCCCUGAUUAAACUGAUCUUUCUCCGGAACCGGACACGAUGUAAGUUUUUCAGUCUGACAGAGACACCGGAGAACUACACCGUCGUCCUUGACGAGGAGGGAUUCAAAGAGCUGCAGCCCUCGGAGCACCUCCAGGUGGAGAGCUCCAUCUGGCUGCCGCUCAACGUGGUCUCCAACGGCAACGCCUCCAGCAGCUCCCAGGCCGUUGGGGUGACCAAGAUCGCCAAGUCGGUCAUCGCCCCCCUUGCCCAGCAGCACGUCUCGGUCUUCAUGCUCUCCACUUAUCAGACCGACUUUAUUCUGGUGAGAGAGAAAGACCUAUCUGUGGUCGUCAGCACUCUGGAGGAGGAGUUCAACAUCUACAAGGAGGUGGGAGGAGAGUCUUUCCCCGUGCACUGUCAGGACGUUUCCAACGGCCUCCAGAAGAACGGCAAAGAAGCCAUCCAGCCCACGGUUCACCCGGUGCUGAUCCCACAGAACCAGUUCUGCGUCAUGUCCCUGGACCCGGACACACUACCGUCCAUCGCCACCACGCUCAUCGACGUCCUCUUUUACUCCAACAGCCCUAAAGAAGACUCCCAAUCAUCUCCAAGCCGGGACUUAGACUGUAUCAAGUUCUUCUCCUUCUCCCUCAUCGAUGGAUACAUCUCACUGGUGAUGGACACUGAGGCUCAGAGACGGUUUCCUGCCGACCUUCUCUUCACCAGCUCCUCCGGGGAGCUGUGGAGGAUGGUUCGCAUUGGGGGACAACCUCUAGGCUUUGAUGAAUGUGGAAUAGUCGCCCAGAUAUCUCAGCCCCUCGCUGACAGCGACAUCUCUGCCUAUUACAUAAGCACGUUCAGCUUCGACCACGCUCUGGUCCCCGAGGAGGACAUAGUGAGUGUGACAGACAUGCUCCAGCAUCAGAGGAAAGAACCAGCCACCAGCUGAUCUCUGGAGUGUCGGCUCAACUGGACGAUCCUGGCUCCACGCGUCUCCCCACAGUUCCAGUGGCGAUGAGGAGGGUGGCAGGCCGGCAGGGGAAAGGAGGCUAACUCUGUGCCUAGACUAGCACUGCAUUGCCAGCAGUAUUAACUACUACAAAUUUGCCAUGAACACCAGAAGCGCUUUUCUACGGUGUGCGCACACACACACACACACACACACACACAGGUUGUCUGUGAGGCUUCCUGUCUUGCCUGCACAAGGCAGGAUGCACUGAGUCCCAGGGGGCCCACAAGCACAUGCAGAUCCACAUGCACACACAAAAACACACUCACAUACAUUGUACCAGUGCUAUAAACGCACAACUUAGUCUUCCAGUAUUGUUCAUAUCAUAAUACCGUGUGUCUAAACAACCGUUCUGUUUUGUUUUUUUGUUUUUUUUUGUUCACUGCGAGACCAGUCACAAGAGUUGCAGUUUUCCUUUUCUGUCAAAGUGCGUAGCUUGAAAUGCAGGACAGUUGUGAGAAUGUUACAGUAGUUUUCAUGCAAAAGAAAACCUUAUUUUUGCCAACUGGGCUCUCUCGUUUUUUGGUUUGAGAUGAAUGUGCAGAAGUUGAAACUGCUGCAAAUGCUGUAGAGGUGUUUUUUGUUCGUUUGUUUGUAAUAAGAGGUCAACAUUUCUUAACCAUGACAUUAAGGUCAAUAACACUAUGUCUUAUUUUUUUGUUAUUUGCACAAACUUUUAAUUUAGCUCUUAUCACCUAGAUCUUUUCUUUGGUACAACUACAUUUUAUACAAUUUGAAGUAAAAGUAUUCUGUAAACAUUUGUAAUUUUUGUGCUGCUUCAUUUAAUAAAAAUGAAUGAAACUA